AUGUGGAAGGUGAAGCUUGAUUGUUUACCGGUUGAUGACAGAGUUCGGAGGCUUGGUAUUUUAUUGGUGUCAAAGUGUGAUUGUUGGAUAUUGGGACACGAGGAGUCCAUUGAUCACAUCUUGAACUCGGGUGAUAUUGCACAUAAGGUAUGGGAAAUGGCAGCAGUUGCAGUGGGAAUCCCGAAUGUGACAGUGAAUUCGUGGUGGGCAAGAGUUAGCCUCUGGUUCUCUUGUACGAAACGUUCAUCACAAAAAGGUUGUCUCAUUGGUCUUCUUCCUAGCAUUAUUACUUGGAAGUUAUGGGGGAGAUGGUGUAAGGCGAGAAUGGAGAAAAAAUAUAUGAUGGUUAGUGAGGUCUGGUUUGCAGUUCGUUGUUGGUGUCAAUGGUUCUCAGCACUGAUUUCUUCGGUUAGCUCAUGUCUAGAAGGUGACAAAAUAAUCCUUAGAUCAUUGGACAUUCCAGUUCAACCUGUGAAACAUAAGAAAUUCUUGGUGAUCACAUGGUGUAAACCUCCAUCUGGGUGGGUGAAGUUAAAUGUCGACGGAAGCUCUCGGGACAAUCCAAGUCAAUGUGGUGGAGGUGGGGUGAUUAGGAAUAGUGGAGGAGAGAUGCUUUUGGCAUUUUUGGCUAAUUUUGGACAUAGCACUAACAACGAGGCGGAGCUGAGAGCUCUUAUUUUUUGGGUGGCAGCUUGUAAAGCGGGAGGAUAUAGUUUUGUGGAAAUUGAAAGUGAUUCACAGGUUGCAGUGAAUUGGUUAAAGUUUGGUGUGUGCAUUAUGUGGUAUUUAUGUGAUUUUUGGGAGGAAUUUCUUUCAGAGUUACAAGGUCUCAAUUUCUCUAUUAGACAUCAAUUUAGAGAAGGAAAUAAGGCAGCGGAUUUUUUAGCACAAUAG